AUGGCGGCCGUGCUGGAGAGCGCAUCGACUGGGGUGAUGAACUCUGUGAUAGAGAAGCUGGGUGCUCUAAUGGGGGAGCAGUACGAGAAGCACAGGGCCGUGCGCAGGGACGUGGCGUUCCUCAAGGACGAGCUCAGCAGCAUGCACGCUGUCCUCAACAAGCUCGCCAACAUGGAGGAGCUUGACCCGCAGACGGUGGAGUGGAGGAACCAAGUGAUGGGCAUGGCAUUUGACAUCGAGGAUUCCAUCGACGACUUCGUGCAUCAGGUAGGUGAGGAUGCCACCAGCACUGGUGAUUUUGGCUUCGUCGCCAAGAUCCGCCAGUAUGUCAAUGAGCUGAGGCUGCGCCAUCACUUUACCAAGCAAAUCCAAGAGCUCAAGAGUCGGGUGAUUGAAGUCAGUGAGCGCCGUAAAAGGUACAAGCUUGACGAAGCUGCGGCCUCUAGCUCUAGCUUUGUAACUGUUGACCCUCGCAUGGCUGCGCUAUAUACAGAGGCGGGCAGCCUUGUCGGCAUAGAAGGUCCAGUGGACGAUAUUGUCAAGUUGGUAGACAAGAAGGAAGGCGAUGCAUCAACAUCACCACAGGGUCUGAGAGUGGUAGCCAUUGUUGGGUUUGGAGGUCUUGGCAAAACAACAGUAGCAAAUAAAGUGUACCGUAAGAUUCGAGGGCAAUACGACUGUGAGGUGUUUGUGUCAGUGUCUCAAAGACCAGAUCUGUUGAAGCUCCUUGGUAGGAUCAUCCACAAGGCUGGAAUAAUGACACAACUGAAUCAUGUCGUCGAAGUGGAAGACUUAAUUGAAGGAAUCAGAGGGUAUCUGAAAAACUUAAGUUACUUUUUUGUUAUUGAUGAUAUAUGGGAUACAUCAGUGUGGGAUAUUCUUCGUUGUGCCUUGCCAGAUAAUCAUAAAGGGAGCAGAGUAAUCACAACUACACGAAUUGAGACAGUUGCUAAGGCAUGCUGUAGCUACCGACCUGAGUUCAUUUACAAGAUGAAACCUCUUGAUGAUGAGAACUCAGCCAAAUUAUUUUUUAGCAGAGUUGGAUAUGUUUGUGCUCAGCCACUGAAAGAGAUCUCAGACGAAAUAUUACGAAAGUGCGGUGGUCUCCCAUUAGCCAUUAUAAGCAUUGGCAGCCUUUUGGCUAGCCAACCAUCCAGAUCAAGGGAGCAAUGGAAGUUUGUGUGCAGUUCACUAAGGUCAAAUUUGAGAGAGAAUCCAACUUUAGAGGGAAUGAGACAAGUACUGAAACUUAGCUACAACAAUCUUCCUCUCCAUCUGAAGACAUGCUUGCUAUAUAUCGGCAUGUAUCCAGAGGAUCACUGCAUUGAAAAGGUGGAUCUGGUGAGGCUAUGGGUUGCUGAAGGUUUUGUCGCUAACUUAUAUGAUGAAGAUGCAGAGAAAGUUGCUGGAACUUACUUCAAUGAACUUGUUAACAGGAGUAUGAUCCAACCUACAUACACGGGCUACAAUGGUGAGGUGUCGGGGUGCAAAGUGCAUGACAUGAUUCUUGAUCUAAUUAGACUGAAGUCAGAGGAAGAGAACUUCUUGAGUGUGGUAGACAAUGCGAGUCACAUGGCCCUAUCUUCACAGAGCAAGGUUCGUCGGCUUUCCCUUCAUUUGGGUUUUAGAGAAGAUCAAGACACAGCUGUUGCAACAAGCUUAAGCAUGUCACAUAUGCGCUCAUUUGCUCUGUUUGGCAACACUUGCUUCGUACCUCCUAUUUCUAAAUUCAAGUACAUCCGAGUGCUGAAUCUGAAAGACUGGCGUACUGAUGGGCAUGACAGUAUUGAUCUUACCCCAAUCUGCAAAUUAUUUCAGCUAAGGUAUCUGAACGUUGGUAGGAAAGCGCACCUGCCAGCCCAAAUCAGCAACCUGCAAUGUUUGGAAACACUGGAACUGAAUAAGCUUGAUGGAGAUGUGCCGUCAGAUAUUGUCCAUUUGCCUUACCUGCUGCAUUUCGUUGUUCCUUCUGGUAAACGGCUACCAGACGGAAUUUGUGUGAUGAGGUCCCUACGUACUCUGAGGUGCUUCGAUGUGGGCUUGAACUCGGUGGACAAUUUUAAGGGCAUUGCUGAACUUCUGAAUGUUAGGGAUCUCGUGAUUUCGUGCAGCGGCACCGCCCCUCAGCAAGGAAACAUGGACACCUUGUGGUGUUCUAUUCCCAAACUUAUCAGUUGCAAACUGAGGGCUCUAACUUUUCCAUCCUUCCCCGCUAAUCUGCCUCCUCCGAUUGUUGGAUUAGAUCGUUUGGCCAUUUCUCAAGCCGAGCACCAUCUUGAGGUACUUGAGGUUUCUUCGAGUUUGUUUCCCCAGGUUCCAAGCUGGAUUGGUCAACAUUGUAGUCGGCUCUCAGUUUUAUCACUCACAGUUAACAUGCUGAGGCAGGAUGACGUUGAUCUGCUUGUCCAGUUACCAAACCUGUUGGACCUGAAGCUAAACAUUCGGAAAUGUCCAAAAGAAAGAAUCCUCAUUGACAGCAGCCGAGUGGCAUUCCCAGCUCUCAAGUUGUUCACAUUCUCCUGUUUCGCGCCAUGCCUCUUCUUUGGGGCAGGGGCGCUGCCCAAUCUCCAUACGCUCACCCUGAACCACCAUGGGCGCGGACUGGAGAAUGUGAAGGUACUUGAAGGCAUCCAGCACCUGCUGAACCUCAAGGAAGUCCAUGUUGUCUUCACCAACGGUUAUUGUGGUGGUAAAGCAAUGCCAGGUAUAACGGAAGCCGAUGCCGAGGCUACAUACAGGGAUGCCAUCAGCAUGCACCCAAGGAAGAGUGGCAUCAAGAUCUUGGUUAACCUUUUCUGCUUAGUAAUGCAACCCUCGGCUUUCUAUUAUGACUCUGACGACGGCGCGUUUGUGGAGAGCCAGUAA